AGGGCCUCAUCACUAGGUGUCAUGUUGACCACUAGCAGUUCGAUAGAUUUGGUCUCUAGACGCCAGUCAUUACAAUAUAAAAAUGCGUACUGCAAUUGCCCAUCCCUAGUUUCACUCCGAGUCCACACGUCUACCUUGCUGAGAAUCCACUUCAAGCUAUUUCUGGUCGCAGCUCAAUGGAGAAAAUCACUCUUCGAGCUUUCAUACCUUUGCAAUUUAAAACUGAAAUCAUUUGUGAACAGUUGGUCUCGCCUUCAUCGAAACCCGAGUCCUUUGGGUCAGCCUCAGAGUUUUUUCUCGAAACAUCACGAAGAGCGAAGGAAACCAUGCUUGGCCGUAAACCUGAUGGCAUGAAGAUUUUUAAGGGCACCCUGAGCGGUAGCCUGCCUGAUGGGUCUGCUAGCGAUGGAUCUGUGCCAGUUGUUUGCAAAAUGGCCGUGAAUGACGCCGCCAAGAAGAACUUAGAAGUGGAGGCAUCUUUCUAUCACGGGGGCUUACAGGCGCUGCAGGGAAAAUGUGUCCCACAUUUCUAUGGCUUAUUCCAGGCGGAAGUCAGUAAUAAUCGGCAUUAUACAUUUCUGCUGCUUUCGCUGGAAACAAUCCUGCUAGGACAUGGACACAGCUUCCCAGAGGUCGAUCUAGAGAUGAGGAAGAAGGUCUUAUCUCAGCUUCUCGAGCUACAUAGAGCGGGAGUGGAGCACACCAACUUCGGCUUGGAGAAUGUCGUCUUAUCUCCUGAGGGUGAACUGCUCAUCAUAGGGUUCCGUUUGGCCUGUGAACACAAAUGCGAAUUUCUCACAAAACGGAAAACCUUUGAUGAUUUGGGUGUUGGAGAUUGGGCGCAGUCAAUAGACGACAUUGAGUGCAGGGAACUUCAUGAUGCGUGUUUCGACUUGAUGGAUCUGUGGGUUCCUAGGUAUCUGCCUCUCCUCGAACCCGAGUAUCCGAUCAGUGUUGAGGGGUUUCUAUGUCCCGAGAUUCUCGCAGACCAAGUCUUAGAGGACUACGGCAUUCCGAGGGAAGUCACCAUACCCGAAGUAAAGAAGAUGCGGCGAGAGUUUGAGACACAAUAUCGCUUAUUUUUGCGAGAUCUUGGAUGGGAGUUUGAUAGCGAGUGAAAUGGCACUCCACAAAUGAUGCCUCUAGUAAUGUCUGUUCUUGUACAAUGUACUUUUAAGUCCAACUGUAUACUAUAUGAGAUAUAGCCUCUCGUACCAAGUCCAUUAUGCAACACUGUACAAAUAACGAUCAAACAUCGGGAAGCGAGAGCAGGAUGACGAAGCAGAUGACUUCGCGCCAACAAUAAUGCAAGAGGGGACUG